UGAUUACUUAUUAGUGUUUACUAUUGUAUUCGAUAGAGUAUCUUUGAGUGAGAAAGUGUUUGCUUUAUGUUUAAACAGAGUUUUUAACGUUUCUCUCUAUGAUCUGCUAUUGUACUAAAACUACAGUGAAAAGAAGGUUCUCGCAAUGAUUUUCGAUUGAGUUUACGUGAUUGUGUCGCAUAAUAAUCCAAUGUUGAUAAUUGUUUGUGUGACCAGAUGAUUACAUUAUGUUAUUCGUAAAAUGAAGGUCAAACGGCCGUCAACAGAUUUUUGCUGUUAGGAAUAAAAUCGUAUAGUCGAUACGAAUUAGUUAUCAUUGAAAUCGUGUGUAAAAGUGAAUCCACAAUUAAAAUGAGGUUACAAGCAGGCAAUGGUGGCGAGACGACGUGGUGUUUUAGUCAGGUCAAAGGCACCCUAGAGGAUGACGUCACCGAGGCGGAUCUCAUAUCGUGCGUCGAGUUCAACCACGACGGAGAGCUGCUGGCCACCGGCGAUAAGGGAGGACGUGUUGUUAUAUUUCAGAGAGACCCAGCGUCUAAACAGUGCGUGCCCAAGAAGGGCGAAUACAAUGUGUACUCGACGUUCCAAUCGCACGAACCGGAGUUUGACUACCUCAAGUCUUUGGAGAUUGAGGAGAAGAUAAACAAAAUCAGAUGGCUCAAGCGCAAGAACCAGGCGCACUUUCUGUUGUCCACAAACGACAAGACGAUCAAGCUAUGGAAGGUUAGUUUGGUUUCGGAACGUGACAAGCGCGUGACGGGGUACAACACGCGCGAGGAGGGCGGGCGGCCGCGGGACCCGGCGCGAGUCACGCAGCUGCGCGUGCCCACCGUGCGACCCGCGGACCUUAUGGUGGAGGCCUCGCCGAGACGGAUAUUCGCGAACGCGCACACAUACCACAUAAACUCAAUUUCGCUGAACUCGGACCAAGAGACAUACCUCUCGGCUGAUGAUCUGCGCAUCAACCUGUGGCACCUAGAGAUCACAGACCAGAGCUUCAACAUUGUGGACAUCAAGCCGGCCAAUAUGGAGGAGCUUACUGAGGUCAUCACUGCCGCAGAGUUCCAUCCGACUGAAUGCAAUCUCUUUGUAUAUUCUAGUAGUAAGGGUACAAUAAGGCUGUGCGACAUGCGCGCGGCCGCGCUGUGCGACCGGCACGCGAAGCUGUUCGAGGAGCCGGAGGACCCGCACGCGAGGUCCUUCUUCUCCGAGAUCAUAUCCUCCAUCAGCGAUGUCAAGCUGAGCAACUCGGGCAGAUACAUGAUGUCUAGAGAUUAUUUAGGUUUAAAAGUAUGGGAUCUUAGAAUGGAAACAAAACCUGUAGAAACAUAUCCAGUGCAUGAAUACCUCAGAUCAAAGUUGUGUUCGCUGUAUGAGAACGACUGCAUCUUCGACAAGUUUGAGUGCUGUUGGAGCGGGGACGACCAGAGGCUCAUGACGGGCUCUUAUAAUGGAUUCUUUAGGAUAUUCGAGCGCAGCGGGGGCGGCGGCGGGCGGCGCGGGGAGCUGACGCUGGAGGCGUCGCGCGAGGCGGCCGCGCGGCCCCGCCAGCCGCUGCGCGCGCGACGCGUCGCCACCACCGCCAAGAGGAAGAAGGACGAAAUAAGCGUCGACUGCUUGGACUUCAACAAGAAGAUCCUCCACACUGCGUGGCAUCCACACGAGAGUGUGAUAGCUGUAGCGGCGACCAACAACCUGUUCCUGUUCCAGGACAAGUUCUAGCGCAGCCAACACUCUGUACUGGGCGGCUAGAGCAUACAGAGCGUAUAUAGCCCGUGUAUAGCUCGAUACGGAUUCGAGUUCGUUUGUGAACACCCUGUGUUAUUUGUGAAACAACAUCCUGUUUAAUGCCGGUUUAUUUUUGAUUUGGAAACUUAAAAAUGCCGGUUUCUUUUGUCGAGUCUGUGAAACAUAAACAACAUCCUGUAUAAUAUUGCAGUUUACAUUAGUCCAUUUUUUGUGAAACAACAUUCUGUGUAACAAUGCCGGUUUAGUUUUGAUUUAGAAACAACAUUUAGUAUAAUAAUACCGGUUUUUUGUCGAGUUUGUGAAACAAUAUUCUGUAUAGUAAUGCCGGUUUCUUUCAAUUUGAGUUGUUUGUGAACAUUCUGUAUACCGUUUUUUUUUCUACCAAUCAUAUAACGUUUAAUUUAUAUUGGCACUUGUGUAGCGUCAUCUCGAUACAUAUGAACAUUAUAAAGUGGUCUACUUUAUAAUGUUCAAAUUCAGUUCAAACGAAAAAAACAUUUUCAAAUUUUUUUUCAGAUUUACUUUUCCUAGACACAAGUCUGUUAUAACUAAUAUUAUGCCAUCGAGUCUGCGCUACAUAAAAAUAACACAACGUCAAUAUAUUUGUUCAAGUAUUAAAAUCUCCCUGUAUAGUGCGCUUGCACAGUUUUGAUCGGCGUUAGAAUAUUCUGUUUUUAUUAUUUCCAUUAUAAACACGUAUAAGAGUAAUAUUGAUGUAAAGAAGAGAUGAGCGAUUAAUUGAAAUAAAUAAUAACUGCCGAUCUAAUAUGUUGAAGCCUUAUUUGAUCUUUUGAAGGACUCAAAGUUGUGAGAAUUUAAUUUGAAAUAAUAAAGAAUCGAAAUGUACGAAAACUUGAGAUUUCUGAACUCUUAAAAAAGUUGUAAGAAUUGUUUUGAUACAUCAUUUGAAAUAAUAAGAAUCGUGAUGUAUGAAAACUUUGGAUUUUUGUAAUGCUUUUAUGGUGUCGUGUUCUUCGGAAGAUCUUAAAGUAUUGUUAAAGUUUCAAAAUGAUCAUUGUUUAAAUGAAAACUUAAUUUAACAGGCGAAUAUGUUAUUUGUAAUUGGAAUUAUGAAUAUCACCAAAAUUGUCAAAAUGUUGUUCCAAACUAUUUUGUUUAUGAAAAAGUAAAUAAGCUCUAACGUGA